UUAAUACUUUCCCAAUCAAUGGCCGGAUGGAGAUAAGAUUUUGUCCCCUUUUAAUUUUAGCUUGUAGGAGGAGCUGAAGCAAUUGAAAGUAAAAUUAAAACGUUGCUUGUGCCGACUUUUAUCAUUUUCGUUAUUCCUUCGUCCCUUUACGUACGAAGGUCGAAUCAGUAGCCAUUCGUUAUGAACUGGUUAGCUUUAGUACUGCUUUUGUGUAAAGCACACUACACCACAUGUAAUGAACAGGACGACUAUCUCAACAAGGACAAAGGUUUUCUUUUUGAUGCUUUUCCUGCGUCCAUUUUGUCAUUUCCCAUUCACACCAAAGACAUUCAGCAACAAACCACUCAAGUUCCUGAUAAAAUGGAAUGUGUCUUUGCCUGUGUUGGGGUUCCUUGGUGUCAAUCGAUGAACUUUCAAACCACAGCCAAGAAAAAUGGACUUCACGUAUGUGAGCUGUUGUCAACCGAUAAACAUACUCACCCGCAGAACAUGAUACAAAACAAUGCAUUUGUUCAUUUCAGYAUCCAGAACCCGUGCGCAGAGACACCCUGUCAUAAUGGUGGCACCUGCAUCCUUCAGAAAAACAGGCAGGAAUAUCGCUGUCAAUGUAAGAAAGGAUAUGAUGGGAACAACUGCCAAAAUGAUGUGGACGAGUGUACUGCUGGUACACACAACUGUCAUGCUGAUGCUACUUGCACAAACAAUGGUGGUUCGUUCACUUGUCAGUGUAAACCUGGUUACCAAGGAAUCGGAGUGACGUGUACAGAUGUUGAUGAAUGCAGUGAGUCCCUUUACGACUGUCCUCCGGGAUCCACUUGCGUAAACGUUGUUGGUUCGUAUAUCUGCAGAUGCCCAGUUGGUUAUGUGGCACUCCAUUCCCAUUGUCAAGCGAUUACAAUGUCCGCUUCCUACAGUUGUGGCAUUCUUUACCAGUCUACCAUCCCUCAUGGUGGCGAGAUCAUGUCACCAGGCUACCCAACACAGUACAGUGAUAAUCAGAACUGCUAUUGGACUAUCUCGUCGAACACCAAUAUCGGUCUUUACUUUAAGACAUUCAAUACAGAAGGUUGCUGUGACCACAUUAGAGUCUAUGAUGGUAAUUCCACUUCGUCUCCCCAACUCGGUUCUUACAGUGGAAGCACAUUACCUUCCUAUAUAACAAGUUCUUCAAAUCAACUACAUAUAACUUUUAGAACCGAAAAAAUACUGGCUUUUCGGCUAAAUAUGAAGCAUUGGCUCCAGGAUCCCUGCGUCUUGUUGGCGGUUCCUCUCGCGUAGGAAGAAUUGAAAUGUUUCACCACAGUCAGUGGGGAACAAUAUGUGAUUACAACUGGGACAUGAACGAUGCAAAUGUAGUAUGUAAACAACUUGGAUUCCCAGGGGCAAUUGAAGCACAUUACAGCGCUCAGUAUG